AUGGCACUUGGGGUUGCCAAGGCCUUCAUGGGGUUGCCAAGAAUCGCUUUUGGGGCUGCCAAGGCCUUCCUGAGGUUGCCAGGGCAUGUGAUCACACUUGGGGUUGUCAGGGUAUGUAGAAUCACACCUGGGGUUGCUAGGGCCUUCUUGGGGUUUCUAGGGUAUGUGAUUGCACUUGGGGUUGUCAAGGCCUUCUUGGGGUUAUCAGGUUAUGUAGAAUCGCUCCUGGGGUUGCCAAGAGCGAGGAAGGCACAGGACGGGAGAGGAGGUUCAGCAGAGGCUGCAGCAAUACGUCGGUACCGGAAAUAUGGACGACGAGAGAACGUUCUUGGCUGGUUUGCAGGAAGGCAGCAUGUUUGCUUGCCAUCGAGUUGGCUGGAUCGAUUCAAAGGGUGGUCUCUGGAGGUGGAUACUGGAGGCAUAGUUUUGGGUCCCUCCGGCAUUGGUCAAUUCACCAAGGACACAGAUCUGUUCCCUCCUGGACGUUCACUUCCACUUGCUACCUUUGGAUCAUUAGGUUUCAUUUUAUUUGCAUUCAUUAUCGGGGUUAAAAUGGAUCCAUCAAUGUUCAAGGUAACAGGAAAAAUGGCCAUGAUCAUAGGCCUUUUAUCCCUUAUAGUUCCUUCAAUUUUGGGCAUAUGCAGUGUUGUCGUCAUGAGAUAUGUUUUGGAGCUGGACCCUGUCGUAGGACAAAUGCUCUACUUUGCAGCAGCAGCAGAGUCAUUGACAUCAUUUCCUGUUAUUGCUUGCCUCCUCACUGAGAUGAAGAUCCUCAAUUCAGAGCUUGGUCGUCUCGCCCUUUCUUCUGCAUUGGUCAGUGAUCUAACCAAAACGUGCAUCUCAACAUUCGCCAUCAACAUUAAGAUAGGAGAAGGACACAUAGAGAAAUCAAUACACGCCUUCACAUUAUGUAUUGCCUUUCUUUUACUUAUUAUAUAUAUUGUCCGUCCAGCACUGUUUUGGGUAGCCAGAAAGACACCAGAAGGGAAACCUGUGAAAGAGGGCUACAUCCAUCUCAUCCUUCUAGGAGUUGUUGUUUCUUCUUUCUUGAGUAUGAUGCUGGGACUAAAUUUUCUUUUUGGACCAUUCAUUCUCGGCUUGGCUACUCCAGACGGGCCUCCCUUAGGGUCGACCUUGGUCAGAAGGUUCGAGUUUAUUUCUUCAAUGUUUCUCCUGCCAAUCUACUUAACUUAUAGUGGCUUGCGGACAAAUUUGCUUAGCAUCAAAACUCCAAACAUCGUGACGGCAUUUGUGACCAUUGUCUUCAUUUCCGCUAUGGGGAAGACUUCAGCAAUCAUGCUUCCUUGUUUGUAUAGCAAGAUGCCCUUCAGUGACUCUUUAUCACUUGCCUUUAUCUUGAAUGCCAAAGGCGUAAUUGAGAUGGCACUAAACAUUAUUCUAUUGGACAAUCAGAACAUAAAUGAUGAGAUCUUUGCAAUGAUGGUCAUGUCAGUGUUGUUGUCAGCAGUCAUAGUGUGCCCAGUUGUGAAUGCUCUCUAUGACCCCUCAAGGAAAUAUGCAGGCUACAAGUACAAGACUAUUUUAAACUCCAACCUGAGUUGUGGAAUUCGUAUACUAGUUUGUAUCAAGGAAGAAGAAAAUGUGCACACCAUCAUCAAGCUCCUGAAAUUUUCACCACCAUCUAAAGAAAGCCCCGUCUGCAUUUUUGUGCUCCAUCUGAUCGAGCUUGUUGGUCGAGCUGCGCCUAUCCUUAUUACACACGAAAUGCAUCAAAAGUCAUCCAACAACUAUUCCAAAUACAUCAUAAAUGCCUUUAAGCACUAUGAGGAAGAAAAUAGAGAUGCUGUCUUAUUACAAGUAUUUACCUCUAUCUCUCCUGCUGAAAGCAUGGACAAUGACAUAUACACACUUGCACUUGAGAAGGGGGUGUCCCUCAUAAUCAUCCCCUUCCUAAAACAGUCGGUUUCCAUUGGACAAACGGAAUCAGAAAAGGUUAUACCGAGGUCUUUGAACAACAUGGUCCUUGAGAAAGCUCCAUGCUCUGUAGCAAUGGUUGUUGAUCGUUGGUAUGAUGAAGGCUCCGUUUAUAAGACAUUGACAAAGAGUACAUACAAUGUGGCUGUUCUCUUCAUGGGAGGUGCUGAUGAUCGAGAGGCAUUGGCAUGUUCCAUUCGAAUGGCCGGAAACCCAAGCAUCAACCUCACUGUAGUUCGAUUAAAUGAGACAGAUGGCAUGGAUUUCAAUUUCAAUGAGGAGGAAAGAAUGUUUGAUGAGGUGGUGUUGGACGGAUUUUGUAUUGGUGACAGAAAAGAUAUAGAGUAUAUAGAAGAGGAGGUGAGAGAUGGAACCCAAACAACCAAAUUGGUUUUAUCAAUACAGGAGAACUAUGACCUUAUAAUUGUAGGUAGACAGCAAAGGAUGGAAUCAUCAGUUUUGGCUGGGCUUACAGAAUGGAGUGAAUACAAAGAGCUUGGAAUCCUUGGAGACUUGCUUGCCUCAUCAGAGAAUCGCAAUAGAGCUUCAGUGUUGGUGAUUCAACAACACAAGACAAGAAGUUCCUCCAAGAAGGAAGUUAUUCUUAGCUAG